AUGGACGACUUCAACGACCUCCACGAGGUGAUGUCAAGAAGCGAAUACGACUGCCUAAAUUACCACGAUGAGGCUGAUCUCAGUGACCAAAGGCGGACAGUCAUUGCUGACCAGAUUAAACAUCUGGUCAAGAAACUUCACCAGAGAACCACCUUAAACUACCUUCCGCAAGGCAAGGACCGCUAUCUUCGCAAUCUCCUGGAAAACUUGGCGGAGGCCUCGUACCCAGGCCUGCCCGACUAUGCGGAAGAUGUCGAUCCAUCGGAGUUCUCAGAGGAUGCCGCCAGAUUCGUCGAGUAUUGCCAUCCGCUAAUGUGCUGCGAAGAAAAGUUCGCCAUGGUCCAGGCUGCACUCUGGUUCUAUGUCUGGGGCUCCCGGGAUAAUACAAGACGCUUCUUGUAUCCGCUUCUCGAAAUACGGCGUCGGGUCCUUGAGAGGUUUGAUGAAAAGGAUGAGACACUGCUUGCCGAAAUCGUUGGCGAUACGCCUGAGUCAAUGACCACGCCUGAGACCGGUGCGUCUAAGAAUACGCCUCAGACCAGUGCGUCCAAGGAUACGUCUCAGACUAGUGUGUCCAAUGUUGAGUCUAAGAUCGAUCAGUCUAUUGAUAAGCUUGAGGUCGUUGCGUCUGAGAGGGCUAGUGAGUCCGAGGAUAUACCUGAGGCCAGUGCGCCCAAGGUUGAGUCUAAGUUCACUGAGGAAAUCGAGCCUGCGAAUGAGACUACGGCUGAUAAGUCCAAGGAUACGCCUGAGACCAGUGCGCCCAAGGUUGAGCCUAAGACCAAUGAGCCCAUUACGUCGGGAAAUGAGGCUAAGGCUAUAGCCAAGGGCUCCUUACGCAAAUCGUUCAAGAACAUAAAGCGUCCGUUCGACAACGUUAAAAGCCUUGUUGUCAAGAGGAAGGAUAGUGCUAAGGAGAAGGGCGAGGUGAAGGCCGAAGACAAGACCGAAGACAAGGCCGAAGACAAGGCCGAAGACAAGGCUGAAGACAAGGCCGAAGACAAGGCCGAAGACAAGGCCGAAGACAAGGCCGAAGACAAGGCCGAAGACAAGGCCGAAGACAAGGCCGAAGACAAGGCCGAAGACAAGGCCGAGGAGAAGGGCGAAGACAAGGCCGAGGAGAAGGGCGAGGACAAGGGAAAAGAGGAUUUUGCGAUUGAUUUGCAUUCUCCGUGGUUCGGCUUUGUUCAACACACAGCUAAUUUCUUCGCCUACAGUAACCCUGAGCGGGGGAGCCGAGUGCGUGAAGGCUGGCUGGAAACUCUUCAGUCCAUCCCUGUUGAAGAGAUCAUCGAUGGGUCAGAUUUUCUGCCACAUGAUUCAAACCCCCCGGUUCAUAUGACGAAGGAGUUGGCCUCGCAUCUUUCAACUCUCUUCGCACAGCCGAUGCUGCCUGGCGUCUUCGAGCCUCUUGUAAACCGCGCAUGUCCCUAUCCCAAGUGGAUUUUUUACGUUCCCGUGUUCCAAGCAUUUGCGUGCACGCUGCAUGAUCUCCUCUCCUAUCCCAGCAACAUUCUUGCGAAACAAGGCACUAGUUAUGUCAUGCUCCUCACGGCAGCACGACGAGGUGCUAACUGCAAAUCAACGUUUACAAAAGACGGGCCGUGGAGUUGUCGAGACACCAUCUACUGCAUGACUCAGCGGGUUGCGCGCUAUAUAUACGCUCUGGAUCGGGCCUUUGGCUCCCCUAUCGAUCAUAUAGAGGCAAAGCAGAAUGCUUCGAUUCAUCCGAUUGCGGGUAGUAUUUGGCCUCUCUUCAGAGAUGGAUUCUUUGCCUGGCAUGUCGAUACUCCUCGAUAUUUCCUGGUGGAUCAUAACGAGGACAGGGAGAGGGUAAAGCCCUCUCACGCUGCCGAUGAUACUAAAGGCAAGGGAAAGGAAGUGCUCCGUUCCUCUCUCCGUGAUCCUAACGCUGAGAAGAAAAAGGAAAACAAAGAAGUAUCGUUCUCUUCCACGUCGUCCAUUCAUGAAAUUUAAUUCUGCUGG